AGUUGUUUUUAUGUGUUGUUAGGUCGAAGCCGUUGUAUGACGGAGACCUAGUGAAACUGAGAAAAUGAGCUCAGAAAUAGAGCCACACGUUACCAAAAAAUAUGAGGUGAAGAAGAGGCUAGGCAAAGGGGCAUAUGGUAUAGUUUGGAAGGCUGUAGAUAAAAGGACAGGAGAAGUGGUUGCCCUGAAGAAGAUUUUUGAUGCAUUCCGCAAUCAGACAGAUGCACAGAGAACUUUUAGAGAAAUCAUGUUUCUUCAAGAAUUUGGAGAUCAUCCAAACAUUGUAAAACUUCAUAAUGUAAUGAAAGCUGAGAAUGACAAAGAUAUCUAUCUAGUUUUUGAAUUCAUGGACACAGACCUGCAUAAUGUUAUCAAGAAAGGAAAUAUCCUAAAAGACAUUCACAAACGUUACAUUAUGUACCAGCUUUUAAAAGCAACCAAGUACAUGCAUUCUGGCAACGUCAUACACAGGGACCAGAAGCCAUCAAAUGUUCUUCUGGAUGGGGAAUGCUUUGUGAAAGUUUGUGAUUUUGGUCUGGCAAGGUCACUCACCCAGUUGGAAAUGGACGAAGGGACAGAUCCUAAUCUCACAGAAUAUGUAGCAACACGGUGGUACAGAGCUCCGGAGAUUCUUUUAGCUUCUCAUAGAUAUACCAAAGGUGUUGAUAUGUGGAGCUUAGGUUGUAUAUUAGGGGAAUUGUUAUUAGGCAAACCCCUAUUUCCAGGCAGUUCUACACUCAAUCAGAUUGAGAAAAUUAUGUCAUCCAUCACUCCUCCUUCUAAAAGUGAUAUUGAAAGUUUAAAAUCUGCAUAUGGUGCUUCCAUCUUAGACAAAGCUGCAAUAAGACCCAAAAAGCCCAUGGAAGACUUACUCCCAGAUGCACCCAAAGAUGCAAUAGACCUACUGAAGAAACUACUGCACUUCAACCCAGACAAGAGACUUACUGCUGAGGAGGCUCUGAAGCAUCCUUACGUGCAGAGAUUUCACAGUCCAGAAGAUGAGCUGGACAUUGGUCGUGAUGUUGUCCCCCCACUUAGUGAUGAUGUGCAACUGAGUGUUGAAGAGUACAGGAAUAAACUGUAUGAGAUGAUAAUGGAAAAGAAAGCAGAGAGAAGAACGAAAAGAAAAGAAGAAGAAGAGAGCAAGGUUCAGAAGGAGCAGGUGCCUCCCAGUGAGCCACUCCCAUCACAAGCCAAUGGUUAUCUAAGUAAUGGUGCUUCUCCCAAAGUCGCAACUCCAGUGACAGUGAGACCUGCACAGCCCCAGACUACACAGCCAGCACCAGUUGUGGCAUUUGGAAGAACUACCCAUCCUAAUCCACCCCAGUCCCAAGUCAAGAAAGCAUUACCCAGACAGAGGAGCUACGAAAAUGUGCAUGGAGGAGAAAAGGGUGACUCUCCAAAUGUAAAGAAGGAGAGACAGGGAUCUGCCCCAGCAGCAGGAAGGCAUGCCAGGACCACAUCUGCCGGGAUGUUCAGGAGUAAUAACCCCAUUAUCACCAGAGAUGACAAGACAGGACUCGCAAUCUCUAGCUCAAGAAUUGUUCCAGGGCAAAGGCCAUCUUCGGCCAAAGAGGGGCAGCGUACCAAGCCUUCUUUUGGUAGAAAGCAGUUUGACAAUGUGAGGAACAACCCAUCUCAUGGCCACACAAAGGCUGCCUUUGGGAGCUAUACACAGAAUUUUGGAACCAUUUCCAACAAGGCUUUGUCAACUCUGAAGAGUAAUUGGUGAUGUCAUACUUAUUGGUAACAUGAAAAGGUGGAAAAAAUUAAUAGCAUGCACUCAUUUAAAUACAGUGUUUGAAGCCCUGUUGUGGUCUGUCCAUGCACGGGUGCUUGCCUCUACUGUACAAAGGCAAUAUAAAAUCUCAUUAAUGGUAUAAUACAAGCUGAGCCUAUGUUGUUUGAUGAGGAGUAUGUUCCACACUAUGCAUACAGUAUUAUUUAUCAACAAAAAAGUCCUUCUUGAGGAAUAUCCUCAAAAGACAAGCCAGAUUUGGACCAUUUUUCAAACUGAAAUUGAGUCCUCAGUGGUGCCACAUAAAAGCAUCUAGCCAAGACAGUUUGUGCAAAUAAUGCAUAUUAUAACAUUAUAAUGCAGAUUAAACAUUAUAAUGAGAUACAUGCUUCUAUGGUGGUAGUGCACUUGCUUUUGAAUUAGUGACUUAGUGACAACAUUCAAAUUUAUACUACAAGAUCACUUUGCUGAUUACUUGUGAAACAGUAGGAGAUAGCACUUAGCAUUAAAGAUACACAGUAUGUAUGGUUGAAUCUCAUGUUCCUUAAUGCAAAAUUUAAAUGAGGUCCAUUUCCAUUUUCUUUUUUUAUGAAACUAGCUGUUGCAAACUAUUUGUAAAUAGGUAAACUAGUAAGUGGAGGUUCCUUUUGACUCAAAGAUUAAAAAAAAAGUCAGAUGCAAAGAUUUAUAUAUCUAGACUAUUUUUUGCCAAUUUAUUUAUUUAUUUAUUUAUUGUCAAACAGUAGUCUUUUUUUUUUACAUUGAAUUGCCAGGUAAGGAUAGUCUGUGGCAAUUUGUAGCAUACUGUAAAUUCAUGGCUCAACUGAUAGAACAUGUAUUUUUUUUCUCUGUAUGAAAAGUUGUGCUUUUACAUGGAAGACUGCAAAGUCAAAUUUAGUUGUCCAGAUAACUAUGUGAUUGAUAUACUCUAUUUUAUGUGUAAACAGUUCUAUAUCUUGAUUUUCUUAUAUUGAUUUUUUAACAUGUAAAUGUGAUUUGUUCUCUUAUUCAUAUUAUGUGAGGUAUCCAAUAUUUCAUUCUUAUAAUUGGGUCCAUAAUCAAGUAUAUCCGUCCAAUUAGAAUUUAUCUGGUUUUUAUCAUGUAGGUGUAAGUGUCAAGGUCUGAUUAAUGAUAUUUGGAUGUGACUAACAUUCCAUUUAUCUUCUUUUAUUCCAUCCAUGCAAUUUCUAUGGUCAAAUAAAAAUCAUAUAAUAUUAUUUACUUAACAGAAUUCCAUAUGAACUAUUUAAUUUUUGCCUUCAUCUCAUUGCAUCUAAAUUGUGAGAAAAUAUAUAUAAUAGAAUGGAUGAAACUGUUUAUGAUGAAGUUAGUGUGGUUUUAUCAUGUUUAUUAUAUAGAUAUUAUAAUGUACAAACUGUACCUGCAACGAAGAAAUAAAGUG